CGCACCGAGACGCUCGUUUUAAAAGUAAAAAAACCGCGUAUAGUCUGUGCAGUGAAAAGUUGUUUGUUCUGUGUAUUUGUACGUGAUUUAUUGAAAGUUAUUUUACGCCAUCAGAAAAUGGAUAACUUGGAUAUCGAAUCAGUUAAUUGCAAAAUCAGAUUGUCUGAGUAUACCGACACAGGGAAACUGUGCGCUCAGAGACCAGUGGAUAUAAAAGAAGAGAUUCCAGACUUGGAGACUCUAAUUGAUGAAUUGUACAAGAUAUUCUCUUACGAUCACGUAAAUGUUGAUGAUGUUCAAGCUUUGAUGUCAAGAUACAAGUCCGAUAGGAAACAUUGGAAGAAGUACGCCAAGUUCGAUCGUCUCCGAUACACGAGGAAUCUAGUGGAUGCUGGUAACGGUGCAUUCAACAUCAUGAUCCUCUGCUGGGGACCAGGACACGCCUCUCCUAUACACGACCACGCUGACUCACACUGCUUCAUGAAGCUACUCAGUGGAAGCCUGGAGGAAGUCAGAUACCAGUGGCCCCAGAACGUCCAUUCAGAGGUCAAGAAAUCAUUAAAAAACAAACAGUCCGGAUGCCAGAGACAAAUAAAUGAUACGUGUUGUCAAAGUGACAGCUGUCAGUGUGCAGAAAUGGCCGACAUCUGUGAACGCACUGUAAGAAUUGGCGCGAAAUGCGAACAAGAUGGCGACCAAGAAUGCAAUAUUAGCGAUAUGGUUGAAAUAGGAAAGACAUCUUUGAAAUUAGACGACGUAUGUUACAUAAAUGAUGCCCAGGGUCUUCACAGAAUGCAGAAUGGACACGUCGAUGAGGCGGUCUCGUUGCAUUUAUACUGCCCACCAUUUGACAGUUGUCAAGUCUUUGACGCAAGGUCUGGGAAGCCAACUAUAGUGCCCGUUACUUUUUGGUCUAAAUAUGGCACCAAAGUCGAUAGGAAUAUCGCAGCUAAAACUCAGAUCGCUGACAGUCAAUAAGAUGAUAUCAAUCAUAAAAACCUGAUAAAGCAACAUUUAUAUAUAUUAUUUACGGGGAGUUAAUCUAGAGCAACAAUUCAUCAUUUUAUCAUCAUCUAUAUAUACUUCAUAGACGCUACUUCGAAGAAUUACAUAUAUUAAAUGGUAC